CAGGAGUUCUUUGAUGCACCAAUUAUACAAUUUACUCGCAGGCUUGAUGUCUGCUCCCACCCAAGAUUCACACCCAUACAAUAAUGUUGACGUAAGUGCUGCAUCAAAGACACGCCUUUUUACAAUGAAUGGUACAUCAUUAUUUUUUCUUAGAAAGGAAACAAAUUUCAGUACACAAUCACAGUUGUUUCAUUCCACCAGAUUCCGAACCACUUCAUUGCCGUACCUCCACAAGAUUCAAACACCUCUAGUUGACGUAACAAGGGUUUUCAAAGAUAUUCCUAUAGUUUUAGUAACUCAUCAGCAAGAUUUCUACAUUACUAACAGGAGAAACGGUCUUCAACACUAGGCUAUCAUCUCUGUGGCCUUGGAAAGCAGUGGUGUCUGAGAGAGCGAAGUGUUUCAUACAUUGAUUCUAUAAUAGUCUCGUAUCUUCUUCCUGUCUUGUUCAGCUUGCGCGACCCUUUACCAGUCCGGUAGCGAGUGGGAGAGAUAGAGGUGGCGGCCUUGUGGCUCGGCGGUGAAGGAGACGCUGAAGGAGUGAAGGAAAGAGCUGGCAGGCCAAGGCAAUACAGGGUCAGAAAAGAUGUGCUGAAUAUGUACGACGAUGCAGAACUGAUAAAGAGGUAUCGACUGGAUCGUGAGGGGAUUCUGCUAGUGACAGGUAUGGUGAGGGACAAAAUACCACCUGCUACAAACAGGAGCAACAGUGUUAGCGCAGAAAUGAAAGUGCUCACGACACUGCGAUACUUGGCUACGGGGAAAAUGCAACUAUGUAAUGGUGAUGACUUGGGUUUAUCGCAGCAAACCAUCAGUGAAGUGAUUGGUGAGACGCUGGACGCCCUUGUGACCGACACUUUCAUCAGCCGUUUUGUAAAAUUCCCAACCCGGCAAGCAGAAAUACAAGAAAAACAGGCUGAAUUCAUGGCCAUUAGUGGCUUUCCAGGAGUAGUGGGAGUAAUUGAAGGGCCUCACGUGAGGCUAAUAUCUCCUAAGGAAUAUGAGGCCGAGUACGUGAAUCGGAAAAACUAUCACAGCAUCAACAUCCAAAUUGUGUUUGAUGCUAAGUACAUGAUCCUGGAUGUGGUAGCAAAGUGGCCCGGAGCUACUCAUGAUGCCAGGAUAUUUAGUGAAAGCGGCCUUAAAAUCAGGUUUGAGAGAGGAAUUGUACCUGCUGGCUGUUACCUUCUUGGAGACAGUGGGUAUCUGUGCCAACGCUUUCUACUGACUCCUUACCUCCAGCCACAAACUGCUGCACAGGAAGCAUAUAACAGGGCACACAAGCAGACCAGGUGUGUUGUGGAACGUGGCAUUAAUGUUCUACACCAAGAGAUUAGAGUCAAUCCUAAGAAAACUUGCAAGAUCAUCAUGGCCUGUGCUGCACUGCAUAACUUGUGCAAGGAAAGAAAUUUGGAUAUACCUGUGCAAGAUGGACCAGUGGUGGAGGAAGAAAUACAACAUGCCAUUGGUCAUGAUGAGCCAAUGCAGCCUGGACGAGCCAGAGACGGUCUCAGAUUCAGGGAUUACAUUGUGAACAUUCACUUUAACCAAGAAGAUUGAUGCAUGCAGUUUGGAGCACACAUUCACCAGCUGUUUCACAUGCAUGGGUGAGGCAUUUCAUCACAACUUCCCUAGAUGACUCCCACCAACAUGCCAAGAAUCUCUACUGCAAUUCCCAAAAGCUGCUAUUCCCUUGGGCCUGACAAGAGUUACCCUUUACAGUGAGGGAGUGCAGGAGUAGCAGAAGGAAGGAGGGUUGUGGUAAGACUGACAGACAGCAAGCAAACUACAGGACUUUUACUAGAAAAAGUUUUCUCCAUUCUUCUAGGGGUGUAAGUGAAAGAUGCUCCUUCCUCACUAAAGUUUGUGAAGAUCAGCAAGUCUUUCUCUCUCUCUCUCUGUCCCUUCUGGGGUGGCUCAACUCCUUCACUGCAGUCAGUGAUGGAAGAUUCCUUCCUCACUCAGAUAAAACA